CAAAUCAAAAUAUAAAUUUGUGACACGUAAUUUCACAUAAUUAAAUUUGUUUUUUGUGACCUCCAAAUGUGAAAAUUCGUGUAAAAGUUUUUAUGUACCCAUUAAUAAAACCACGAUAAUAUGUCUGAAAAAGGUUUUGGUGAUCAUAUAAACAGGAGUGUUGUGAAAAACCCAUUGUUAUCGACGGCUGUUGUUGGGCUUUCGAUUGAGGAUUUGACGCACAAUGCUGUGUUGUUGCCCGCUGUUCCAAGCCAGGAACUGAUCACAAGACUAGAUAAACAAUACGGGCCCCAAACAACACCCCUGGCGAACACCAACCUUCCAUCAAACCCAUCUGGCGACGCAAAUUCAAAUCAACUUGAAAUAAACUUAGAUACACGUAAUGAAUUCAAAGAAAUUGGAUUAGGUACUGAAUCAAAAGCUACGCUGAAAUCUGAUGAUGAUUUCGACGUAAACGAAUACUUCGCUAGACUACAAGGUACCAGAUACGUAAGCGCUCCGUUAAAUAGAAAAGAAGAUCAGAAUGCCAAUCUGCCGGUAGAAGAAAAUCUGGAAGAGAUAAAUUUAAAUGAACCGGAAAAAGAGGAGCAUAGUAUAACAGCGGAUAUAGCGCAGAAUUUCUCGCAGUUACCAACUGUUCUACCACAAGUUGCCAGUGCAGUAUUUAGUUCAUUUUCCAAUAUGUUGAAUUUGAAGAGGGAAGUCGAUCGACCACCUGCUUAUCAAGAUGGUUAUGGUGGAAUCAAUGAAAUUAACUACAACCAGUAUAAGGAACAAGAAGUGCCCGUAUCAAAGAGUGUUCCUCCGCCGCUGACAGAACCUCCUUUAAGUGGUUCAUCAAAUUAUCGAAUCACGACGAGGAAAAAAGUUUAUGCUCAGAUUCCUGGUUUGACCGGAGAAGCACCGACCUAUAACGCAGCAGCUAACCCAUCCUCACAUUACUUUACAAAUACAACCACUAACCAAAUCCCAAAUACUGAUGUACAGAAAGACUUUGCGCAAUCAUCAUAUUAUUUUACACCUGAAAUGCGUGACCCGCUUCCAAAAACAGAUCCUCCUCAUGCAACACCAGCGAAAACAGAACCUAUAGUAUUACAGGAAGAUAAUAAAGCAAUAACAAAACCAGUUCUGACAGAAUCAACUUAUAACUUCUUCACCCCUAUACAAAAUGUAGAAUCCUCUAGAAAUGAAGUAAGAACUGCAAAUGAAACAUUCCAAGCAAACACUACAGCGCCGAUCAUCCCACCUCCGCCAAUGUUUUCUAAUCGAAGAGAUAGUCAAGGGUCAGUUGGAAGAACAGUAUUGCCACCAUCUGUUGCAAGAAGAAUAGCAGGAAAUCAACCAUUAAUUAAACCACAAGCAUCGCCACUGAUAACCUAUGACAAUAUUUUUGUACCGACUUUUUCUGAUCACAGUCAAGAUGUAUCUACGAAUGCCCCUCCAAUGUUUUAUACUCCAUCUAACGACAGCCAUGCUGUCUCAAAUCCGAUACAAGCUGCACCGCAAGGACUACCGAUUACUAAGGAAACACUUUCAAAUGAAAAUGUCCCAUAUUCUGAAUCUGUGACAACUUUUCCAACCAUUAGCCCACCUGUAACUGAGUUUUUUAUUCCAAAUAGUGAGCCGACCCAAGAAACAAAAAUCGAGUCUAAUCCUGUUCCAGAACAGUCUAAAGUAGAUGCGCUUCAAAACUUUUCAUCAAGCGCAUUCAUGCAAGUCUCUCCACAAGAAUCACUAAUUGAAUCUAAGCAGGAACAAACUAUAUUACCUCCGAAGAAAUCGUUUGAUAGCGCAAACCCGCCUCCCCAAUUUUUCGAUCCAAGCUCAAUCAAUCAGCCGAACGUUUAUAACGAGAUAUCUGUUUCUAAAGUUCACCAUGGACCACCUAAACCUGUUCAAGAGCCGCCAAAAAUGUCUGGUACUGUAAACUAUAGGAUGAGUAAGAAGCGACCGCAGUAUUAUUCUGGACCUAUUGAAGGUGUUGGUAAUAUAAGCAACAAUAUUAAACCGACUCUGAAUCCAGUACAAUCGCAGUUCGAUUCCUUACAAGGUCCUCUUUUUACGCCCAGUCAAGACUCUGAUAUAUCAGAACAUAAAUCUGUAGCACCCGCAGUUCAAACAGAUAUAUCAACAUUUAGUUCACCAGCUUCGACUUAUGGAGUUCCUACAGCUCAGCCAUACCAACAAGACUUUAAUACAGCUUUUGAUUUAAGCAGACCAACAACAGAAUAUUACGAACAACCUCAAACUGAGACAAAAAGCUUUGGAUUAUUAGGUUCUUUAAAGUCUAAGCUUAGUUCCAUAGACAUUAAUAAGAUCCAAAAUACAGUAACUACGUUUUUCGACCCAGCGUAUAAUGGUGAAGCAAAGGACGACCAACAAAGAUUAGCUCCUUACCAAUCUUCGCGGAUGGAUCAUGCUCAGGAUAGUUCCACUUUUGAUAUUUUUGUUGGGAGCUCGAAUACGAAUCAGCCAAAUUUUAACUCAAAUUAUCCAUCCGACUAUAAUAUGCACCAAUACAAUCCUCAAGAACAAUACUAUGACAGCAGAGAACAGCAAACUUCAAAUUAUUCUUCAUGGCCAACUUCUAAUCCAGUCAUUGAGAAUAAUUAUGGUGGAAUAAAUUUGGAUAACACUGUCGAUACAAAUUUAAGUUCUGCUAAUUCUUACAUUAAUACUAUUGACACACCUUUUGCAUUGCCAUCUUUACCUAUAAGUAUAAUAGAAAAACCUAGUUCUCUUCAAGCGCCUAUAUUUUCUGAAGAUACAAAGACGAGUAAUGUAUCUUCGGUAAUAAGUGUAUCUAAUCCGCUAAGUUUCUUUAGCACACGCCUUGAAGUUACACCAUCUGAAAUUUUAGAUGACGAAAUUAUCGAGAGCGUAACUAAUGUCGUGCUUGGUCCCACUCCACAGCCUUGCGAGAUCACUGCCCAAGAAAAUAAAGGGAUUGAAUUUCCUUUUCAACGUAAUGAAAACACAUUCAAACUCUUUGAUCCUCGUCCAUUAUUACCUUAUGAUAAACAUGUUACACCUGAAAAUACAUUAACUGAUAUAGCUGACAUACCAUCUGCAAACAAACAACCAAGUAGUCCGAGUCUAGAAACAAAGUCCUCUAUUGGCAACUUACCUCCAACAAGUGACUUCUCGUUUCUUGAACCAGUUGACAAUGACACUUUCUUGAAAUAUUUUGAACCCGCACCUAACACUUCACAUCUAUUUGAUUUCACAAACAAAAGUACAGACUUACCUGCUUCAAAAGAAAGUGAAAUAAAUUUAAUUGAAACGAAAGUAGCUGAGAUAGCUUUGCAUGAUUCUCAUAAAAAGUCUAUUGAAGACUUGGCGGAAAAUGUGUCCGAAUUAAAUAUAUGUGAAACAUGUCGAGAAGUGAAUAAGCAUGAAGAAAAAAGUGAAGUCGAAGAUUUAACUUCGCAGCUUAUAGAGAAUAUAACUGCGCCAAUUCAACUAUUAAACCCAGUAGGAGUGGGCUUAACAGUUGAUGAACAUGUACCAGAACAAUCUUUAACAGAAAGUGCAACAGAUCCACUUGAUGACAUUGCCCAGAUUUCAGAAGAUUUUAUAGAAAAUAUACCGAUUCAUUCAGUAACAGAACUACUAGAAGAUGUAACUCUUAAUAAGAGUUUGCCGAAUUGUGGAUUUAACACCGCCGAUAUUAAUGAUAUAAUUGACACUACCACUCAGGUAGAACACAAUUAUAACUUACCAGGUGUAAGUGCUCUCGGUCUUUUCCAGAGUGAAUUAUCAGAAAAUAUACCGAGAAAUGCCAGUGAUGAAAUAAAGGCUGGACUUAAAAACUCUCUCGACGAACUUGUACUUCCACCAUUGCCAAUUCUACCAACUGCCCCUGCCGAUGAUGAUAGUAAAUCAGAUGAAAGUGGCUUAGAUGUGCAUUCUAUAGAACAAGAUGCUAACAAAGAUUUUCCCAUUUAUGAAGAAUUUGUUAUAGAACCAUCUGAGACUGAUGAUGAUAAAAUCGAGUUUAUGGUGCGAGAAAAGAGUACAGAAGAUCUCUUACCAGCCGUAGAUACGUUUACAAAUCGCGUGGCAAGAUAUAAAAAAAUGGAAACCGUAAAUGACGAAUCACACGUUAAUACGGCUACAAUACCAACAUCUAUCAGUCCUUCGUUAACAAUGGCUUCAUACUUUGAUACUGGGAAUUAUGCUGUUGAAACCUAUUACAAAAAUUCUUUAAACCUACGAUCGGAGAACUUAUCAACCAGGAUUCCGCCCGGCUUCGAAAAGGAAUUUAGCAAACGAUUUCCGUCCGUAACAUCUACUGGUUUUGUUGAAGAUUAUGCAACACACGUCCCAGAUACGACAACACAGACACGUCUAACACCCACAUUAACAUUUACCCAAACUACCCAAAGCGAUGUGACCAAGAUUUCUGACUUCACAACAGCUUCACAAACAGUGUCUUCUAUAGAAACUCAACAUACGAAGCCUUUAGAUGAACCUAAACUGGACACAGAGCGCUUACCUGCCUUCUCCAGUCUAACUGAACACCCUAAAGAAAUAGAAGAAUCCAAUAAAACAGAAGCUAAGACAUCUAACGAAUUACCAGACCCUAAAAAUUUCUUCUCAUCCGACCCAGGCCCGUCUAACAAGGAGAACGAUGAAUAUAACAGUUACAAUCGCCUAUCCAGCUAUUUCGCGACCCCACCAAAAGCCGACAACCCAAAGUCUUUUUUUGAAUUAAGUCAAUCCCAAGAUCACUAUAGGCAUGCCACACAAAGCGAAACGCACAAUAAUAAUAUGAAAUUAAUACACGACCUCGCGAUGUAUAGGGAUGUAGCACCGAUAGAAAUAGUUAGGACGGUAAAUUAUUUUACAGUUGAAUACGAUAAUCAGUCGAUCGAAUCUAUAAGUGAUCCGAAUAAAAGUAAAGAUAUAGAAACAAUGCCCACGGAUAUUGUAAAAAAAUGUAAAAAUUGCUCUAACUUUAACGUUGGUUGUGUGAAAAAGCUUCAAUUAGAAUAUGCUAAUUUGAAAAUUAAGAAAUAUAUGGAUAAUCAAGAUCAAAAAGGGGAGAUCAUUAUGGAUUUGGGAAGUGAAACACAUUCCCAGAAUGUUACCGUUAAUCUUAUGGAACAUUCUAUGAAGGAAGAUGAUGACGGUAUCGCUAUAUUAACUGAGAACCGCCCAACGUCAGAGUACUCGCCAGUGAAGUAUUACUGGUUCUAUCGUGUUGAUAAUGAUGGCCAAUCAACAUGGCGUGGAUUUUCUGUCGCCGAUUCAAGGGCUCUGGAGAUCGCUUUUAAUAGCUCUGACCUGAACGAAAACACGUUGGUGCCAACAGAUGGUGGGAGGUACGACGUGAACAUCAUUGGCAGGAUUCGGAUGCCGGUCUACUGGUCUGAGAAACCUACCAAUGUUAGGCGAUGUAGCUGGUUCUAUUGUAACACAGAUGGAAGGUAUGUGCCGUACGCAGAGGCCGUGGCGGAGAAGUUGGAGGUGGAAUACCAGCACGGUAUUGCAACGGGCGAAUGGCAUAGACGCCUGAUACUUCCCAAUAACGAGUUGGUGGUGAUGCAUGGACCAGGGGUCAUGGUCCAUUUUCUCCAAAACUCUGUUGACAGCUUUAGCGGAAGUCCGCAAUCAAUGACCCGGCCCCGCGUAGUGAAACGUGGUGCUGUGGAAUCGGAGAUAGAGGAUACGGAACCGUCGAGAAUAGAUCAUCUGCUGCUGUUGUGCCAUGGGGUCGGAUCAGCUUGUGACAUGCGCAUGAGACCGGUGGAGGCUGUCGUCGACGACUUUAGAAAAACAAGUAUGCAGUUACUACAAUCGCAUUACAAGAACUCGUGCGACAGCGGAUUGGUUGGACGGAUGGAGGUACUGCCGAUUUCCUGGCACUCGAGCCUACAUUCAGGCGAGACGGGCGUAGACAAACGUCUGGCUAACGUCACGUUGGACAGCAUUCCUUGGUUGCGGAACUUCACGAACGAUACGGUGUUGGAUGUCUUGUUCUACACCAGCCCAGUGUUUGGACAGACAAUCAUAGACACGGUCUGCAAUGAGCUGAAUCGAGUCUAUGGUUUGUUCAAGAAACGGAACCCGGAUUUCAGAGGAGGUGUCUCUCUGGGAGGUCAUUCGUUGGGGAGCGUCAUUUUGUACGACUUGUUGGGGCAUCAGACACCCGAGGCUUUAUCCCCAAAUGGCUCAACGGAAAAGAAGUACGUCCAAAAGUGUGCCGGCACGGGACAGCCAAUGUUCAAAUACCCCAAGUUGGAGUUUUGUCCCGAAGCCAUGUUCGCACUUGGUAGUCCUAUUGCUAUUUUCGAAUGUGUCCGCGGCGUGGAAAUGCUCGGAAAAGAUUUUUGUCUACCCACAUGUGGGAAGUUUUUUAAUAUCUUCCAUCCCUACGACCCCAUCGCUUACAGAAUUGAACCAAUGAUAAAUCCAGAGUUGCGGCAGAUAAAACCAUACCUGAUACCCCACCACAAGGGACGGAAACGGAUGCACUUGGAACUAAAAGAAACAAUGGCUCGUGUCGGAGCUGAUAUCAAACAGAAAUUGGUGGAGUCAAUAAAAAGCACUUGGUUUAGUAUGUGGAAGACGGCUCCGCCUCCCACCGAUCAGCUCGAGAAGGUGGUAGAAGAAGAGAUGGAGAAGGAAGAAAUGAACGAUGAGUGUAAAGAGGACGUCACGCAGGAUAAAGAAGCGACACCAGAAAUGCUUGGGCGUUUGAACAGCGGACGCCGCAUCGACUAUGUGCUGCAAGAAGCGCCCUUUGAAAUGAUUAACGAGUAUCUCUUCGCCAUGACCAGCCAUGUUUGUUAUUGGGAAUCGGCAGAUACGAUCCUACUGAUUCUCCGCGAGGUAUACGCUUCUAUGCGCGUCCAACCUGACUGUUGUGUGCCGCAAAAUAACCUCACAGUGCAGCGUACACGAAUCGUUACUACGGAUGGAUUGAUUGCCUCUUCAUCGGACUCACCAUCGACAAGUAGAGGCAGCCCGUGUUGAAAAUGAAGAAAAAAAUAGUUAAAUUAUUGUAAAUAAAAAAAAUAUAUUUAUUUAUAGAUAUUGGUUUUUAGUUUUAAAUUUUAUUGCUAUUCAGUGGCCUAUCAAACGGAUAUUUGAUAUUUAUUUAUGGUCUGUGGUAGUUUUUCUAUACGCUCAAAGUGUAAAAUUAUUCUUUUGUUAUUUUUUUUAAAGUAGAUAGAAAUUGUUGAAUUAAAAAUGUGACGCGCAUAAAUAUAAUUUUUAUUGUUUUCCCUUGAACUAUUCAUAAAUUCGGUCAAAUUCAGCAUUCAAGUAUUACUUACCGCAAUUUUGUAAAUACAGAUUACAAGAUGUCUUCUGUGCUACUCUAUGGCGUAGAAUGUUAGAGGACAUAAAAACUAGAAGCGUUUGAGAUCUGAGUUAGUAAAAGCUCCUUCAAGUACGAUAUAUAAGACGUAGAAGGAAAUCAACAUCUUGGAAAAAAUCUAAGGAAGUGGAUUGGCCAAAGCGUCAAGUCAUUUAGAAGUGUGCAUCCAAAAUUGGUAAUCGAUCGCCAACCUUUGCAAGGUGCUCCGGCGGCGUAAACAAUCCCUACACACACACACACACCCCAAGUAUUUACCGGACAUACGUAAAAGUAACAAUUUUAUUAUUGUUGUUUUAAUCGCUUUGAUAUUAUUAAAAACCUUAACGCGUAUCUCACCCCCCCUUAACGGUUAGUAAUGUUUUACAACAACCCUCUCCCCCUUAACCCCCCUUCUUCUUUUUUUCUUUUCUUCUCUUACCCUAACUGAUUAGAAUAAUACUUGAACGCCGUAUCAAUAUCAUGAAAGCAUUCGUUCUAUUAAAUUUUUACUGCGAUUGAGAUACAAGUUUAAUUAACUAUAUAAUUGGACUGGUUUCUUACAUAUUUAUGCAUUCCUUUGAAGUAAAAACUCGUUUGUAACCUAAAUUAUUUGUUAGUAACUUUUGUUGUGAACUAUACUGCUUUAUUAUCUUUUUUUUUUGGUUUGAUUUGUAUAUAGCGAUAUUUUGAAAGGACUUUAGAAAGAGACAGUGGGGGUCUUAUCUCUCUCACACCUACUGUCUUAUCUAUGGCCAGCUAGGCCAAUUAGUGCGACAAAGACAACAUUACAACACUAUCUCUUUCCAAAGUCCGAUGAAUAUGUCUCUACGAGUUAAAGUUUAUUAUUUGUCUGUUACAAAAAUGUAUUAAUUAUUCUGUUAAACCUAGUUUAAUGCAAAUUAUUGAAAAAUAAAAUUUAUAUUUUAAUA